AUGACUCAUCCUGAAAUUUCGAAUGAAUCGGAGAUUUUGUCAAACGUUCAUUUUCCAUUAGAGUUCCCUACAAGCAUAGCAAUGCCGGACAAUGCUGUCGGCCAACAAAUACCCGAACCAGUCUCAAUUCAACAAGUAUUUCAACAAAGUAUGUCCCAACCACAGCCACUACUUCCAAUACCAACUACCGACAGCAUUGACCCAUUUUUCGGACAAUUUUCACCAAUGUCAAAUUCUACUAUAUCAUUUCCACCUUCACCUACAAGUCCGACUAAUUUUCCUUCGGGGUAUCCGUCUCCUCAAAAAGCAUCACAUGAUAUAAGAAGAAAUGAUGCACAAUUUUCUGAAAGCGUUGCCGAUCCUUUAACUCAAAGCUCACCAACACUUCUUGAUCAAUCAGCUGCUUGCCUUACGAAUAUACAACAAAGUGGAAUGGUGACACCUCCAAUGAUGAUGAAUGGUCACGAUUAUUAUCAUCCGUAUCAUCAAAUGAUAGAUUACAAUGACGCGUAUCGGCUUAUAGCUGAAGAAAAUAGGAGACGCCGGAAUACCGCUGCUUCUGCAAGAUUCCGUAUAAAAAAGAAAAUACGUGAACAAGCUCUCGAAAAAACUUCUAAAGACAUGACUGCAAAAGCUGAGAUGCUCGAAAACAAAGUACGUGAAUUGGAAAAGGAAAUAAAAUGGCUAAGAAAUUUGAUUAUUGAGAAGGAUGCCCGACUUUUGGAUAUUGAACGUCCUAAAGAGCAAUCUGAUCAAAAUUAA